AAUGCACAGUGGUGCUUAGUAACUAACAUAGAAUAUAAAGACGAACGAUAACACGACAAAUAACUUAUGGGAAGAAGACAAGAUUUCACAGCAGAGAGAUAAGGAUGAGUGAGAACAACGUACGAAUGAAUGUCAACAUCGUUUCUGGCCACAGCUGUUUUCUAUUAAUUUUAAAAAACUUACUAGCUAAAACAAGAGUCACAAAAUGAUUUCUACAUUCUUACAAGCAAGCAAAUAAAUACGUGACGACAGAAAAUUUACAAUCAAGAGUUAUAACCAGAGAACGACACGAAUCAAAGACAAGGAAGCGUAAAAACGUUGGCUUAAUGAAUUAUACCCAAGAAGAGAGGAAGAUGCAGAAACAUUUUGCAUUAGUGGACCAUAUCCUCAUUUGUCUGGAAAUUAAAACCCUCACACAAACGACAUCAAGGAUUCACAGUUGCAAGACACAUGUCCCUUACUCUGAUCCUUUUAGUUGCUCCAGUUAGAAUCACGUAUAUGCACUUGAGAUUUUUUUUCUGUAAAAUGGACGAUUCUUUUCAAUGUUUUAAUCACAUCACAAGAUUAGCUUUUCUCGGCUUGGCCGAUUGAUAUUGUUGUUCAUUUAUGGAACUCAUCACCAAAUCUUAUAUGUAAAUAAACCAAUUAAUGAAGUCGUGUCUCGUUCUCUUUCUCAACAAAACUUUGGUUCUAGGAGUACACAAAGGACCAUAACAACAUGUUCAAAAUAAUAAGGAUUCAACUGCCUUGUGAGACACGUCGAGAUUAGGGCAUCAAGCGAAAUUAAUUGGGUUGAUUGCCGAUGUGCAGAAGAACAUCAUAGCUUAUGAACUAGGUGGACGGCCCUACUUGGUCCGACCCAAAUCAUCGUUCUCUCUUUAGCUGAUCGAGUGGACUAUUGUGUUAAGGAAAAUGGUUGACCCGAUGGAUGUAAAUCCAUAGGCCCAGGUUUCAAUUCACCAGCCCAGGUAUUUAUCAAAUUUUGGAUUUGAUUUAAGAAUUUUUAUUGCUGGAGAUUCUCAGAAAAAGUAAUUCAUAAAUGAUAUUUAAUAUUUUAAUCUAGUUUUAUUAAAUAAUCUACUUUUUUAAGUAAAACCAUUUAUACAAUGACAUCUGUUAGUAAUAUCUCAAGAGUUUCAAGUUUUUCAUAAUAGUGUUUCUUUUUCUCCAACUUUUUUUUUAAUUGUUAUUAUUGAUGAGAGAUACUGUGUUCAGUUAAAAAGUUAAAACUCGAGAGUUUGUCGGAUAAAGUUAAGGCUAACCGGUGACGUGGCGACCACUAAAUCAUAAACGACCGUGCGUUGACUGAGACGUGCUAAAACGGCAAGUUGUUUAUACUCCGAGGAACAAAUAAAUGGAUCCUAUUGGCUAAAGCACGUCACGGGACAAACGAAAUAAAUAUUCCGACUAAAAGGAGGCGCGUGGUACCCAAACCCGCGCGUCGCGCUGAAAUGUCAAAACGAAAAUAAAAAUGCGGGCAUUGAAACUAACGCAUCCACAUUACAUGACUUUUGCUUAAUAAGAGCCGAGUCGAUCUUCAGACAAAACAACAAUGGGGUUUUGAGAAUUGUCCGAAAGACGCAAAAAAAUAAAACGUGUUUACCGUGAAAGGAUCUAUUUGUCCCAAUUUGAUUUGCUUUUUUGUAUCUUUUCACGAUAAUUAUGGGAAAAGGCGCAAUCAAAGAAGGAGAAAGCGAAAGGAAGAGACAAACAUGGCGAUGGCCUUUGGCGGCUUUGGUCGUUGUCUUAUUAGCAGUUGCCGUUAGCUCUCGAACCGCUUCUAAUGUCGGUUCCUUGUUCACCGAUCGUAAUUCUUGCAGCUGCUCACUUCAGGGAAGUGGUAAAUACAAAGGCAUGGUUGAGGACUGUUGCUGUGACUACGAAACAGUGGAUAAUCUCAACAGUGAGGUUUUGAAUCCUCUGCUUCAAGAUCUCGUUACGACUCCAUUCUUCCGUUACUUUAAGGUCAAACUGUGGUGUGACUGCCCGUUCUGGCCAGACGAUGGGAUGUGUCGUUUACGUGAUUGCAGUGUCUGCGAAUGUCCAGAGAACGAGUUCCCUGAACCUUUCAAAAGACCGUAUAACAUCGCAGGUCUUCCUUCGGAUAAUCUGAUUUGUCAAGAGGGCAAACCUCAAGCUGCUGUAGACCGUACUAUAGAUAACAUAGCGUUCAGAGGUUGGGUGGAGACUAAUAAUCCAUGGACGCAUGAGGAUGACACAGAUAAAGGUGAGAUGACUUAUGUAAAUCUUCAACUAAACCCUGAGAGGUUUACUGGUUACACUGGACCUUCUGCUAGAAGGAUUUGGGACUCUAUAUACUCAGAGAACUGCCCAAAAUAUUCAUCUGGAGAGACAUGUCCAGAGAAAAAGGUUUUGUACAAAUUGAUAUCAGGUCUUCAUUCUUCAAUAUCCAUGCACAUAGCUGGUGAUUAUCUUCUUGACGAGUCACGCAACCAGUGGGGACAGAACAUCGAGCUGAUGUAUGAUCGAAUUCUGAGACAUCCGGACCGUGUCAGAAACAUGUACUUCACGUAUCUAUUUGUCCUACGUGCUGUAACUAAAGCAACAGCGUACUUAGAGCAAGCAGAGUAUGACACUGGGAACCAUGCGGAAGAUCUGAAAACACAGUCUUUGAUUAAGCAAUUGUUGUACAGUCCGAAACUCCAAACAGCGUGUCCUGUUCCGUUUGAUGAAGCUAAGCUCUGGCAAGGUCAAGGUGGACCUGAAUUGAAACAGCAGAUUCAGAAACAAUUCAGGAACAUAAGUGCACUGAUGGAUUGUGUAGGUUGUGAAAAAUGUCGGCUUUGGGGGAAGCUUCAGGUUCAGGGUCUAGGGACAGCGUUGAAGAUCCUCUUCUCUGUUGGGAAUCAAGACAAGGAGGGUGACCAAACACUGCAACUGCAACGUAAUGAGGUGAUUGCACUGGUGAACUUGCUCAACCGUCUCUCUGAGUCGGUUAAAAUGGUUCACGAUAUGGGACCAGACGUAGAGAGGCUAAUGGAGGAUCAGAUAGCUAAGGCAUCAGCUAAACCUGGUAGAUUAAGAAGAGUUUUGGAUUUAGCUUUCUCCUUCUGGUGAAAUAAUCAUUGAGCUGUCCAGCUUUUAGGCAUUCAUGCUGAAUCAAAUGGAUAGUCAUCGUUGUAACAAAAUUAAAGAAAAAAAAGAAUAUCAUUAUACAAACUCAGCCAAAAGAUUUUGAUAAAGUUAUAAAACAGAAGAAAUAUAGAGACUCUUGAGGUAAAGAUACCAACAUAUAAUAUAUACCUUUUAGUA